AUGACAACUCGUGAUUUUGAUCGUGAAACACGUCGUGUAGAAUGUUUAGAAGACAAUGCUAAAUCAUUAACGCGUAAUAUUCAAAAACAAGAUAAAGCAUUUGAUGAAUUUUCAAAAGGUCAAGUAAAAUUAGUUAAUGAUUUAACAUCAAGUGCGUUUAUAAAUCAUUAUCAACUAAAUCAACAAACUCAACCAUCUUCUUCACAUGAAAUAAUGACAAAUUGGAAACAGACAAGUCAAAAAAUUUAUGAACAAACAAAUUUAAUGAAUGAAAUGACCACUAAAACAAUUACUGAAUCAUCCAAACGUUUAGUAAUGGCUAUGAAUAAUGUUAUUAAUUCAAUAAAAAAACGUGAACAAAGUUUAAAUGAUUAUUUAAAAAUACAAAAUAAAUUAGAUAAAAUAAAUGAAAAAAAAAUGACAACAAAUAAAUUAGAACAAAUGCAAAAACAAUUGACAGAUGCUAAACAACAAUAUGAAUUAAAAAAUUCAUUAUUAACACAAGAAUUACCAAUUUUACAUGAACGACGAGCAGCAUUUGUUUAUCCUUGUUUUGAAGCAUUUAUUGAAGCACAAGCUCAUUAUUGUGAACAGUUGGAAGAUGCGUAUAAUGGACUUGUUAAUAUAAUGAAUGUUGAUUCAAAUUCUAAUUCAAUAUUAGAUGAAAUUAAUACAAAAUUAGCUGGUAUUAAAACCUUAUCCAUUGUUGCUUCAGAAUAA